AAGGACUCAACCGCAGCCACACACUGUUGAAGAGUGAUCAUAUUGCACAAUCAAUCCAACAACACCAUUACUACUCCAGUUUACAAACAACAAUCAAUAUGGUUGCCAUACCAAUUCUUGUAAGCACACCAGGCUUACAUACAGCCCCUGCUCAAGAGGCUCACGAGUUUCCCUUCCUAGGAGGGGCAAAUUCAUGCCCGGCAACGUCCUAUUAUACGAUGGUCUCUCAUGCUACACAAACCGACUCAGAAGAUGAGAGCCCAGAGACUCUAGUACCAGUCAAUUCUCGGACAGAGUCACCUACACGCAAAAGAAACCACUUUAGCGAAUGGACUCAGAAGAUACACAACCGCCUUGCGAGUCCAGAAGGACAGAGAGCGCCAGUAGCUACGGAAUCAUCUGGUAGCUCACACCUAGCCCCCCCAGCUUCACCAGGGUCUCUUGGUCGUCCCUCGACACCAGCGGCGGAUCUAUAUGAAGGACAAUCAGACGAAGCUUUCGGAAUGACCUUUGAACACCCUCAACAUCCUCAUUUUCACAAGGGACAGAAACCAGUUGCCAGCGCACAUAACUACGAGGAUCACAAACACCGGAUGCUUAUGGAUUGGGUGGAAAGACGCAACUCAUGUUGAAGCAUGACAAUGCUCAUUUGAAAGUGACCACAUUGGCGUCCUCGGUGAACCGGCGUUUGGAGCUCGACGCUCGAAGUUGGACGACGACUUAAUCGAUGACUUACCAGUGUCCACAGCAAAAUGCAAGACACUCGGAAGCGAAAAUCAUUUGAGCCGCGUUCGAUUCACACCAUGUAUCAUACGACUAUUCGGCAUAAGUUGCCGGGGAGAUUUAUGUCAAAUGUUUGAAUGGGACUACGAGGAGCAUGUAUACCAAAUUGUAUAGCGCAGCGUCAUACCGU